UCUGUGUGAUAUGUAAGCAAAAUUGUCUGUUUAAAUGUAGGGAAUACACAAAAAUUGUUGUCAACGGAAUAACUUCCUGUCUGCACACGUAAUAAAACCAUCGCUCCGAUUGGUCGAUUUGGUCUUGUUUUUCAAACACUACGGCGGCGCUUUAUGUGCCCAGACACAUCUUUUAUAUUAAUGAACAAAUUCUAUGAGAAAUUGAACAUGGGGUGCUAGCUAUGUAGCAAUACUUGCCUCAGGCUGGACUUUGUGUUCUUUGCUUAUUUGAAUCGCAUGAGGAGCCGUUGUGAGGGAAGCGGGUGCUCAAGUUCGGGAUUUGUCGCGUUGUGUAUUGUAUCUUGGAGGCUGUGACAACAAAUCGACUUACCCUGUGGCUUAUCUGUAGCGGUAUGGAAAAUGUCGAAACUUGGGAACAAUGACAGACCACCCCAGUUUCAUCAACCAUUAAGAACAAUUGCCACAAGUAACACGAUUCAGAAUUUGUUCUUACGAGAAAAAGUAAAGAUGAAUUCUCCUAUGUCAAAUCUGGCUUUGAACUUGAGUGAACUGAGUACUGGAAGAGGAACCCCAAGGAGAAAGUUAUCUUUAUCAAGUGUCGAUACACCACCAACAUGUAGUUCAGCCAAUCAGGAGCAGGGCAGUUCCUCAGAAUCAGGGUGUUUUGUGGAUUCUCCUACCCUCGUGGACUCUCCCACACUGGAGAUGAGUUUGAACCGAUUUGCCAAAACAGUCAAGCCUGAGAUCCCAGUAGAAGCUUUUACAAGGAAGAAGACCAUAUCCUUCAGAAGAAUACAGUCCAUGCCUCUUCCCAUGAUGCGACUCAGUCCAGUAGAUUUCGUCGACAAGGAGAACGAAUGUACCGUGUCCCCACCCACAACAUCAGCCUCCCCUGUGCUGAGCCCCAACACAGAUGUGUCCCCACCCAUUCCCUCCUCUCGAUCCCCACAGAUGUCUACCCUCAGCAAACCCAAGUUUUACAUGGACGAGAACAGUUCCCAGGACAGCGGAGUGUGCCUGACAGACAGGGAGGAUGAUUCACAUGACGAGUUCCUCUUUGUGGCCCCCAAAGGUGUACCCCGACGUAACAAGGUGACGAAGAUCAUCAGUGAGGACACCUGCUCCCCGCACAAGUACUCCCCUGUAAAGAGCAGUCCAGAACCCUCCAGACGUAGAGCCUCAGCCACAGGACUGGAUUUCACAAGUAUCUCCCUGACCCCACAAGAAGAGUCCAUCAGUCCACUGAAGACAAACAUCUUCCUGAAUGAUGAGGAGGAGGAGAGGAAGGAAGUGGAUGACGGCUUCCUGGAUAGCUUCAUGGACCAGGAAGUGGCAGAGAUUAAUGACAAUGUUCCCAGCAGCCUGUGUCAACUAUUUAGUGCACCAGUCCUGAACUCAACAGCCCUUUCUACAGAUGACACUGACAAUGAAACUCCCAUUAUUCGGCGUACUCAGAGGCGAUUACUUCAGCGAUCUCAGUCAACUCUAGACUUCAAAUGUAGACGAUUAUCAUCCAAGCGUGACCGAGAUGAGAACACACCCAUCCAGAGUAAGAGAAGGCGACCCGUGUCCACAGAAGUGACCAGUCCUGUGAAGAGCUUGAAACCAAAGCUCCACAGAUGUCACUCCGAGUCUGAGGCCAUGAUUAAAUCUGCUCUCAACAGAAUCGCUGACGAGCCAGAUCUGAUUGGAGACUGUUCUAAGGCCUACUGUCUGCCUACAUUCCCAGGAAAACACUCUGACCUGAAGGCGAUUUCAUCAGAAACUUUGUCGCAGGUUAUUCUCGGGGAGUAUGAUCAUGUGAUUGAGCAGGCUAUUGUCAUCGAUUGCCGUUAUCCAUACGAGUACGAGGGUGGACACAUCAGGGGUGCCCAAAAUAUCUACACAAAGGAGGGGAUCCUGGAGAAGUUUCUGACUACCCCAGUAACGACAGAGAACCCAGACAAAAGAAAUAUCCUCAUAUUCCACUGUGAAUUCUCCUCAGAGAGAGGACCCAAUCUGAGUCGGUUUCUGAGGAAGUUUGACAGAGAUUCAAACAAAGACUGCUACCCCCACCUGCACUACCCAGAGCUUUACAUCCUAGAGGGGGGUUAUAAGAACUUCUAUGAAAACCAGAAGUCACUUUGUGAGCCUCAGUCAUACAAACCAAUGUUACACAAAGACCAUUCUGAUGAUCUACGACAUUUCCGACUCAAGUCCAAGUCCUGGGCCGGGGAGAAGACCAAUCGACCAGGGUUCCGUCCACUCAAGAUCUAAGCCAUCCCAUGAUGCUCAGCUGCCAUUGUUCUGUCUCCAUUAUUGACUGUUUUUUUUGUUUUUUAUUUGUUUUUAUUUUUUUAUUGUCUAUUUUAGCUGUUAUCUGUUCUUUCUUACUAUCGAUCUAACUGUUAUGUAUACUUAAGACAUUAUACAGAAACAAAAAACAAAAAAGAAGAAUGUCAUUACUCUUAUCAAGGAUUAAUGAUUCCAAAUUUUUAUUAUGUGUGUGAUGAUAUCAUUGGCAGCAAUAAGUGCUUAUUCCAUCUUUUGUCAGAUGUAACUGCCCCAUUGUAAAUAGGUAUAAUUACAUCUGUACAGACCUGUACAAAAGUAAGGCUCUAUACAGGGGUCAAUAAAUGUUGAUACAAGAUUUAUGUGUAAAUAAGACCCCAGCUUUGUUAUCUUACACUGUAUAGUCCUAAUAUCACUGUCAUGACUUUUGAGUGCAGCUGUCCUGAUUUUUGUGUGCCUGUGAUUGUGCGGUGUGUAUAUUUAUGUUUGUGUAAGUGAACUUUAACAGAGAAUGUGGAUUUGUAUUUAUUUUUCCUUAAAAUGUGUGAUUUAUAUUAAGAGUCUUCAUAUUUUUCUUUGUAAUAAAGUUACCUUAUGGAAUUUUACUUUGGAACUACACAAAUGAUUACAACUGUAAAAAGGUCAGAUUUUUUGAUGAGGCAAUACUCAGAAAAGAAGAGAGAAUUGACGAUAAGAAAUUUUGUGUAAGAAAUUAAAUCACAUGCUUUUGUAUGGGAGAAAACAAUGAAAUGGUGUGAAACAGUGUUGUAUGGAUGGUUGGUAAAUGUGAAGAAUGACGUAUACAAGUAACCUGUUUGAUGUAGUGCUUAAAAUCAGUGCCGAUUAUUUAAGGGUCAUGAUAAUGAUUGUACAUAUUGUGUACAGUGUACAGAAUUUGAUGUACAGAGAGCUAUUUAUUUACAGAGCCAUAUAUAUUUAUCUUUAACCUUUGCUCUAAGCAAUCAGUAAUGAGUGGAAUGGUAAGAAGGCAGAAGUAGAGAGAAAUUGUUUCAGUUGUGCAUCACAGGUUCGGGAAAAAAAGGUUUAUACUGGACACAUGAUCUGUGGCAAGAAAGGUUUUACACGUGAUAUAUGGCUAGGAAGUUUUACCCUUGAUAUAUGGCUAGGAAGUGUUGAUUUUUGUUGUAUUAUGUGUGGCUGGCUAUGGGCUUCUAUUUAAAAGGUUUUUGAAAUUGUUGGUCAUUGAAUACAAGAUGAUUUUAAAAAAAGUUUUUAACAGAGAAAAACAAUGAACAGGUCUUUGAACUUAGAUUUAUUUUUGUAUAAUUGGAAGUCCUUGGUAAGUAUGGAUGAUUAACCAUGGUUUAGUUGGGAUUCUGAUGUUAAAUGGCUAUUGUUAAUGUGCUGUGUAUCUGUUGUGUAUAUUUUCUUCUGAAUUCUCCUAAAUUAUUGGUAUUUAUUCAUCUGUGUGCAUAGUUUUUAGUUAAAUAUAGCCUAAAAUGUAGUAUCGUAGUGGAUUUUUAGAUUAGUUUAGGUGUGUUUUAUCUCUGGUGGUCUUUAAGCUGAUGUCUGAAGUAGAUAUUGUUUUCAUAUGUGUUUAGCUUGGAGGACUGUAAGCAUUUUACAUGAAGGGUUUUUUGUAAGAAAGACUGCUUUUAGUAGUUUAAGUGGCAUUGUGGUUUUAAGAAUUUUAGGAAAGAGAUUGAUUUUAAAAGUUAAGGUGGUGCUGUGGUGUUUGUAGGGAUUUGUGGUGGUGCCAUUGUAGACAGAUUCUCAUUAAGAAUGUGGCUCUGUUCUGACUUGUGAUUGACUUGUGAUGAAGGUGGUGUAAUACACACAUAAAAGUAGGUCUCACAGAGAUUAGACACCACAGAAUCUAUUUCUAUUUUAACACAGAGUUUUAUCAGAGAUGAGUUUAUAGGCAAUUAGUGUGUGGCUGGACAUUUCUCGAGCUUCAAGGUCCAUGAGAGAGAGAGAAUAUACCAUAUUAAGUGUGUAUUGUUGUAUUUUAAUGCCAAUACAUCAUAUCUAGCUCAUAUUAUAGUAAUAUCUGACUAACAGAUUAUCUGUAAUAAAACUUUUAUCACUCAU